GGGGGUAGCUGAAGACUCGGGAUGGGGUCUUUUAGCCGGAGUGUGGGAUUAUAUAUCUGCGUCUUCUUCGUCAGUCAGUCCUGCUUUUCUCUGGAAGAAAAGAAAGUCUGCCUGGGCAAUAACAACAGAUUAAAUCAGCUGGGUAACACAGACGAACACUAUGCCAGCCUUAAAAGGAUGUAUGAUGGUUGUGAAAUUGUGCUUGGUAAUCUGGAAAUCACUUAUUUAGACCGCCUGAACGAUACCUCCUUCCUGCGGAACAUACAAGAAGUAGGAGGUUAUGUGCUCAUAGCAAUCAACUCUGUUAGAUCCAUUCAUCUUGAAAACCUUCAAAUUGUUCGUGGGAAUAUGUUGUACAAAAGCACAUAUGCUCUAGCUAUAGUGAGUAAUGAAUCACUGAAUACCACUAAUGCUUUGGAGGAACUGCAUAUGGGACGUUUGACAGAAAUUCUUAAUGGCGGAGUCCUUAUUUCAAAAAAUCGGAAACUUUGCUACUUGAAUACCAUCCAGUGGAAUGAUAUUGUGCAUACAGACAAUCCCAUCAAUAAAAUAUCUGUGGAUAAAAGCUUUUCUCCCCAGUGUCCUAAAUGUGAUGCAGAAAGCUGCAAUGGAUCGUGCUGGGGACCUGGACAAGGAAACUGUCAGAAAUUAACAAAGCUCACCUGUGCCCAGCAGUGUUCCGGUCGUUGCAGAGGUCCACUGCCAAGUGAUUGCUGCCACAGCCAAUGUGCUUCUGGCUGUACAGGGCCAAGGGAAAAUAACUGCUUGGCUUGCCGUAAGUUUCGAGAUGGUGAGACAUGCAAAGAAGGCUGCCCUCAGCUGCAGAUAUAUAAUCCUGCAACAUACCAAAUGGAUCUAAAUCCUGAUGGAAAGUACAGUUUUGGAGCUUCAUGUGUGAAAAAGUGCCCACAUAACUAUGUUGUGACAGAUCAUGGAUCAUGUGUUCGAACUUGCAACUCAGAUUCCCAAGAAGUAGAGGAGAAUGGUAUCCGAAUAUGUAAAAAGUGUGAUGGGUCAUGUAAUAAAGAUAAGGUUUGUGAUGGAAUCAACAUGGGAAAGCUGAAAAGUGUCUUGUCAGUAAACGCCUCAAAUAUAGAUUUAUUCCAGAACUGUACCAAAGUAAAUGGAGAUGUAGCCAUUUUACAUGUGGCAGGAUAUGGUGACCCUUUUACCAACACUAGUAAACUGGAUCCUGCAAAGUUAUCUGUAUUUAAAUCUGUCCGAGAAAUAACAGGUUCCUUAUUGAUUCAGUGGUGGCCAGAUAAUUACACAGACCUGAGUGUGUUUGAAAAUCUCGAGACUAUCCGAGGCAGAACAAAGCAGCAUGGCAUUUAUUCUCUUGCUAUUGUGAAAAGAUCCAUAACUUCCUUGGGUCUACGAUCGCUCAAAGAAGUGAGUGAUGGAGAUGUUAUCAUUAAAACAAACAAAAAUCUCUGCUUUGUUAACACCAUCAACUUUACAAACAUCUUUAGAAUACCGAAACAGGCAAGGAUAAUUGAAGACAACAAAAGUCCUGAGCAGUGUGAAAGUGAAGGCAAUGUUUGUGAUCCUUUGUGCUCUGAGGAGGGAUGUUGGGGACCUGGGCCUUUUCAAUGUGUUUCCUGCCGUAAAUAUAUGCGUGGAAGGGAAUGUGUAGAAAACUGCAACUUUCUUAGUGGGGAGCCACGAGAAUACACAGAAGAUGGCAAGUGCUUUGCCUGUAACGCAGAGUGUUUACAGCUGAAUGAAACCCAAACUUGCUCGGGUCCUGGUGCAGAUGAAUGUUUUAAAUGUGGUCACAAUAGUGAUGGUCCAUUCUGUGUCAAGACUUGCCCAGCUGGAAUCCAAGGAGAAAAUAGCACUUUAAUUUGGAAGUAUCCUGAUGAAACAGGAGCAUGUCAGCUCUGUCAUCCAGAAUGCAAACUGGGAUGUGUGGGACAUGGCCUAGAUGGAUGCCCUCUUCCUUGGUCCAGCCACUCUGUUGCUGCAGGUGUUGUUGGAGGCAUUCUUGGAGCUGUCGUGAUUGGACUUGUUGCUUUCUUCUUUAUUAGAAGGAGUCGAAUCAAUAGGAAACGAACCCUACGUAGGAUACUUCAAGAAAGAGAGCUGGUUGAACCUGUCACCCCCAGUGGAGAGGCACCAAAUCAAGCUCUUCUCCGGAUCUUAAAGGAGACAGAGUUCAAGAAAAUAAAAGUUCUUGGCUCUGGGGCGUUUGGGACAGUUUACCAGGGGCUAUGGAUUCCUGAGGGGGAGGGCAUCAAGAUCCCAGUUGCCAUUAAGGAGUUGCGAGAAGCCACGUCCCCUAAAGCCAACAAAGAAAUUCUAGAUGAAGCAUACGUCAUGGCCAGCGUGGAGAAUCCCUAUGUUUGCCGUUUGCUAGGAAUCUGCCUGACCUCCACUGUCCAGCUGAUCACCCAGUUAAUGCCAUUUGGUUGCCUCCUCGACUAUGUUCGAGAUAACAAAGACAACAUUGGGUCACAACAUCUUCUCAACUGGUGUGUGCAGAUUGCCAAGGGAAUGAAUUAUCUUGAAGAAAGACGUUUGGUGCAUCGUGAUUUAGCUGCCAGGAAUGUUCUAGUUAAAGGCCCACAGCAUGUCAAAAUCACAGAUUUUGGGCUAGCAAAGCUUCUGGGAGCAGAUGAGAAAGCGUAUCAUGCAGAAGGGGGCAAAGUGCCUAUCAAGUGGAUGGCAUUAGAGUCCAUCUUGCACAGAACCUACACCCAUCAAAGUGAUGUUUGGAGUUAUGGGGUCACAGUUUGGGAAUUAAUGACAUUCGGUUUGAAGCCCUAUGAUGGAAUUCCAGCCAGUGAAAUCUCAAAUAUUUUAGAAAAAGGGGAGCGUCUUCCACAGCCUCCAAUCUGCACCAUUGAUGUCUAUAUGAUUAUGGUGAAAUGCUGGAUGAUUGAUGCAGAGAGUCGCCCAAAGUUCCGGGAACUGAGCGCUGAAUUUACCAAAAUGGCUCGUGACCCAACCCGCUACUUGGUCAUACAGGGGGAUGAUAGAAUGCAUUUGCCUAGUCCUGUUGAAUCCAAGAUCCAUCCUGCAUUGGUUCAAGAGGGUCUGGGUGACAUUGUUGAUGCUGAAGAGUAUCUGUUGCCACAUCAAGGAUUCUUCACAAGUCCCUCUAAUUCAAGAACACCUUUACUGAGCACUAUGAGUUCUACUAGCAACAACUCACCUGUCAUCUGUACCAUGCGAAAUGGGGGACCACCUGUUAGAGAAGACAGCUUUGUACAAAGAUACAGCACAGAUCCAACAGUCAUUUUGGAAGACAGCAUUGAUGAUGAGUUCCUGCCUGUGCCAGAAUAUGUGAAUCAGAUGGUUCCAAAACCAAUUGUGGAGACACAGACAAAUGCAGUAUAUCAAAAUUUGGUUCCACUGGGGAAUACUGUGUCUCCUAAAGAGAACCUUUACCAGAAUUCUCACAGCAAUGGCCUUAAUAACCCAGAGUAUCUGAACACAGGCCAUACCCUUGUACCCAAAACUGACUUUGACUAUUCCUCCAUCUGGGACCAAAAGGCUAACCUUCAGAUUAACCUGGAUAACCCUGACUAUCAACAGGACUUCUUUCCAAAAGAACCUAAAACCAAUGGACAUUUUAAAAUUCCUGCAGCGCAAAACCCUGAAUACUUGGGGUUGGCACCUGUGAGCGAUUAUAUUGAAGCUUCAGCAUGACCACAAGGACAGAUAACAUUACUGUCACCCUCUUGUUUGGGAACUCAGAUGGGUUUCUUUGGCCUUUGCAAGUAUGUGAAUAGCACUAGAACCCACUGACUUAUGUACAGUACUUGUAUACUUGGGCCAGGACAUUGGAGGCACAUUAUGGAUAAAUAGUGGAACAGUAACUUGGAAGUGGCAAAUGUUUUCUUCAGUGUUGCUUCAGCAAACCUUUUAUAUAGAAAUUAUAUAUAAAUAUAAAUAUUUUUUUUUAUUCUGUACCAAAAAACAUUCAAUUUCUUUUUUUUUUUUUUUUUUUUUUUUAUAACGUAUAGCAAUUAUAGCACCUUUUUGUGAGUAUUGGAUCACAUUUUGGCAAGAUUCAUUUUUAAUAGCAAAACUGUCAGCACACAGAGGAGCAUGUUUUGGUGGCAACACUUGGAAGAACAAUUGUGAUAUCUGAAAAUUUCCAAUGACAUUUCAGACGAUAACAGACAGAAACUUGGAAAUUUGAUCAUUGGACAUAUGAAAAUACUAGAUAUUGUCUGUUAUACGCAAAGAAAAUAAUAAGCUUGGCUUUAUCUCUGGUUAAUCCACAUUCCUUCAGCUGUUGAAGAAUUAUAAGACCCUCAUCAGCCACUGCCAUUUGGGGAACCUUGGCCUUGCUUCGUCAAGAUGCAUGUAUGUUUUUCAGAUGUCUGUUUGAGUUUGUACAGAGUCAUUAUAAGUGUCCAGAAUCAUUAAAAUGUCCACUCAGAAUCUGUGUUUUGCAUAGUGGCAAAAUGCAUAAGCAGCUUUCUAAUAUACAUUAAUGAAUAAAUAUCAGUGGUUUCAAAGUUAUUUGCAAAUGUAACUGCAAUUGAAAGCAGUGUUUGUUUAUCUGUUCUCUGUAUGUACACUUAGCUCUUCAGAUCUGUUAAUCACUUGGCUUCAGAUAUAUUUUUUCAGGAGUCAAAACAAGCAGAGAAUGUAAACAACAAGACAGAUACUGCUUGCAGUAGCAAUUGUCUUCACAAAUAAAUGGCCUUUCUUCUAAGCAGCAGAAUAUGGUCAUGCAGUCUGUCAUUGCUUACAAUGAUUGCACCUGUCAGCAGCAGAUUUUGGACGAAAAAUGGACAGUUAAGUAAAUGGCAGGCUGCACAACCAUGAUCAAGAUGUUCUCCAUUGGCCGGAGAAUACACCAGUUGUGCCAUGGCCUAAAUCUACAGAAAUUUUUUUAAAUCAUGAUUACUGGAAAUUUAAAUUAUGUUUUGUUUCAUUAUGCAAAACAUCUAGUAACAAUUUUGUUUUACAGAACCGUGCCCAGCUUGGCCUAACUGCUAAUAUGUAAUGAAACCAGAUUAUAUCCAACUCUCAGACUAUACAUAAUAAAAGGCAAUAUUUCUUGUCUGCACUUUAACCAUGUUAGUAUUUUAAGGCUUUAAUAGAAAAAUCCCCCAGUAUUGAUGUGAUCAUGUUUAUUAAAUCAAAAAAGUAAACCUGGGCACAUCAUCACUCAUUCCCAGUACAAACAUAUUGGUUAAACUUAAAUAAUCUGUUGGUUACAUGUCUUAAAAUGAUGGAAAAGCUGCUAUAUGGUGUGGUUAGUACUUUACCAACUAGCACAAUAGUAAGUUCUAAGGAUAUAUGCAUUUAGGAAAUACCUUUUAAUGCAUCACUUAUUUUAUAUGGGAUCAAAAACAUCAAAACAUUUAUUAAAGAUGUGAGAUAUUAUUUUAUGUUGUAUAUUUUCAGAAUUAAACCAAGAAUAAUGUAGCUCAUUGGCUGUAUAAGAUUGUGAUGGGAUUUAUAUAGAGGUUUCAUACUGGCAGUAUUGGGUAUUCAUUUGAUCUCUUUUUUUGUGUGUGUCCGUGUUCAUAUAAAUGUACACAAAAGGCUGAAUGCUGGCAAAGGCAUUAAUCACCCUCUGUUUAAUAUGUCCUAAUGAGAAGCAGGGACUACUACAGGAAUUUAUCUUCAUGAUCAUAGCACAAUAUGUCAGAUUAUUCACGCAGUGAUAAGUACUAGCCUGUGUAUAUAAGAAUAAAACACAGAUACCCUAGGUGCACUGGCAAACUGUA